AUGAUACGUUGUUUAAACACUCCAGAGGCAGCGACUCUUUCGUUUAUGGAAUGCGCGAAUAUUCUACGGACUGAUCUCAAUCGUGGAUUAACACAAGCAGAAGCAUUGAGACGGCAAAAAUAUAAUGGAUUCAAUGAAUUUGAAAUUAAUGAGCAGGAAUCGCUAUGGAAAAGAUAUUUUGAUCAGUUUAAAAAUCCCUUAAUAUUAUUGUUGUUAGCAAGUGCUGCUAUAUCAGUUCUAAUGAAACAGUACGAUGAUUCGAUAAGUAUUACGAUCGCCAUUGUUAUUGUUGUUACAGUGGGGUUUGUUCAAGAAUAUCGUUCUGAAAAAACAUUAGAACAGCUCAAUAAACUUGUACCACCAUCUUGUGUUUCAUUACGUGAUGGUCAUGAAAUGCAUUUUUUGGCUAGAGAACUCGUUCCCGGUGAUCUCGUAAUUUUAAAUGUUGGCGAUAAAGUUCCAGCAGAUCUUCGGCUUUUUGAAGCUUUAGAUUUACAAGCAGACGAAUCGUCUUUUACAGGCGAAAUGGAACCUCGGCACAAACAUACCAAAACUUUAAAUGAAAACGCUGAUUUGGAUUGUGAUAAUAUUGUAUAUAUGGGUACGCUUAUUCGAAGUGGUCACGGCAAGGGUAUUGUGGUAAGUACUGGAGCAAGCACUCGUUUUGGUGAAGUUUUUAAAAUGAUGCAGGCUGAAGAGGCCCCGAAAACUCCAUUACAAAAUAGCAUGGAUCAUCUGGGAAAACAGUUAUCGUUGUAUUCUUUUGCUGUUAUUCUUAUAAUAUUUAUUAUUGGGCUUCUUCAAGGUCGCGAUGUUCUCGCUAUGUUCACGAUUGGAGUCAGUUUGGCUGUGGCUGCGAUUCCCGAAGGUUUGCCGAUUGUUGUCGCAGUAACUUUGGCGAUUGGCGUUAUUCGUAUGGCUUCGAGACAUGCUGUUGUCAAAAAAUUACCCGCUGUUGAAACUCUUGGGUGUGUAACUGUGAUAUGUUCGGACAAAACAGGUACAUUAACGAAGAAUGAAAUGACAGCAGUUACAGUCAUCGCUUCUGAUGGGCAGAUUGCUGAUGUUUCUGGCCUAGGAUAUUCACUAGAAGGUGGUCUGGUUAGUACAAAUGGUGAAGUCGUAUCGGGAAAUUCACAUCCUUCAAUAAGUCGUGUUAUCGAAAUCGGUGGUGUUUGUAAUAAUGCUGUUAUUACUGGGGGGACAUUAAUUGGACAACCAACUGAGGGCGCACUCCUAAUUUUGGCGAUGAAAAGUCGAUUGGAUGAAAGAAGAGCGAUCUAUCGACGCUUAAGAGAAAUUCCUUUUUCAUCAGAAACAAAAUGGAUGUCUGUGGAAUGUGAAUUGGAUAAUGGACGAACUGAAUAUUUUGUUAAAGGUGCUAUAGAUCGAGUUCUUGAUAUGUGCCAUGGUUAUUUAGAAAACGGGGAGCGUCAAAUUCUAAUAGAUGAAUAUUUUAAAGCUCAUAUGAUGGAUUUGUCUCAUAAAUUGGGACUUAAUGGUCUUCGCGUUUUGGGAUUAGCUUGCGGGCACAAUGAACGAGAAUUAUGUUUUGCUGGUUUGGUUGGUAUUGUUGACCCAUUGAGGCAAGGUGUUAUUGAAAGCAUUGAAAUUGUUCGAUCAGCCGGUGUAAAUGUAAAAAUGAUCACUGGAGAUGCUAUGGAGACAGCUUGUAGUAUUGGUAAGUUAUUAGGUACAAUCUGUCUCUCUGGGCCUCAGAUGGAUGAAAUGUCUGACAUUGAUUUAGAACGAGUGAUCAAAGAAAUCUCGAUUUUUUAUCGUUCGUCUCCUAAGCAUAAACUACGUAUCGUCAAGGCUUUACAAACUCUUGGUGAAGUAGUUGCGAUGACGGGAGACGGCGUAAAUGAUGCCGUCGCAUUGAAGAAAGCUGAUAUUGGAAUAGCUAUGGGCUUAAGUGGUACCGAUGUCUGUAAAGAAGCAGCCGAUAUGGUAUUGAUGGAUGAUGAUUUUCACACCAUUCAGUCAGCGAUUGAAGAAGGAAAAGGAAUCUACCAUAAUAUAACAAAUUUUGUACGAUUCCAACUUAGCACGAGUGUAGCAGCUUUGUCACUGAUAACAAUUUCCACGUUAUUCGAAUUUGAAAAUCCUUUGAAUGCUAUGCAGAUUUUGUGGAUAAAUAUUAUAAUGGAUGGUCCUCCUGCUCAAAGUCUCGGUGUUGAGCCAGUUGAUGAGGAUAUAAUUCGUCAGCCACCACGAAAUGUUCGCCAACCAAUGAUGACUCGUGCUCUUAUCGUUAACAUUUUUGUAUCUGCUGUCAUUAUUAUAAUGGGAACAUUGUCUGUUUUCUAUAAAGAAAUGUCAGCUGAUAAUCAAGUGACACCUCGAGAUACGACGAUGACUUUUACUUGUUUUGUAUUAUUCGAUAUGUGGAAUGCACUUGCUUGCCGAUCUAGUCGUAAAAUGAUCUGGGAAAUCGGUCUGUUUAGGAAUCGUAUGUUCUGCAUCGCAGUUUCAGGAUCACUGCUGUGUCAGCUUGCUGUUAUUUAUUUUUCGCCUUUGCAAGAAGUUUUUCAGACCGAGGCACUUUCUAUGUUUGAUCUUUUUUUCCUGAGCGUACUAACUUCAUCGGUUUUUGUUGUGGCUGAAUUUCGGAAAUAUUUCGAAUUACGCUGCCAGAAAUCGUCCUCAAUGUAUGGAACAAGUGAUGGUUUAUGA